GGCGGUGGCGGCGGCCGUCAGUGUGCGCUGAGGAGAAGCCCGAAACGGACCCUUUGGCUCUCCCGCUCCCCUUCCCCGCCCGAACCGUCUUCUCUCUGGACUCACCGGGACUCAGUUCUCCACUCCGCAGAGCCUCUUUCCACGCCGCCGCCGUUCUCGUCGCUCGGCCGGCUGGGAAGUGACUGCCCUCGAGGAGGAGGAGGAGGAGGCAGCCGCCCUCACCUCGCCACCCCCGGUUCGGUGCCCGCGGUCCCGGAGAGGAGGUGCCGCCGCCACCGCCGCUCCCCCCCCUCCCGCUGCCCUCGGGCCGGGCUGGGUCGAGCUGCGAUGCCCUCGGACUUCAUCUCAUUGCUCAGCGCGGACCUAGACCUGGAAUCGCCCAAGUCCCUGUACUCGCGAGAUUCUCUGAAGUUACACCCAUCCCAGAAUUUUCAUAGAGCUGGACUAUUGGAAGAAUCUGUCUAUGAUCUUCUCCCAAAGGAGUUACAGUUACCUCCACCUAGAGAAACUUCUGUAGCGUCAAUGAGUCAGACAAGUGGUGGUGAGGCAGGCUCGCCUCCUCCAGCUGUAGUUGCUGCUGAUGCUUCUUCAGCUCCCUCCUCUUCCUCCAUGGGCGGUGCUUGCAGCUCCUUUACCACCUCUUCCAGCCCUACCAUUUAUUCUACCUCAGUCACCGACAGCAAGGCUAUGCAAGUGGAGAGCUGCUCCUCAGCCGUGGGGGUAAGUAACAGAGGGGUAAGUGAAAAGCAGUUAACCGGUAACACAGUCCAGCAGCAUCCAUCAACCCCGAAGAGGCACACAGUGUUGUACAUCUCACCACCACCUGAGGACUUGCUGGAUAACAGUCGGAUGUCCUGCCAGGAUGAGGGGUGUGGAUUGGAAUCUGAGCAGAGCUGCAGUAUGUGGAUGGAGGAUUCCCCCUCCAACUUCAGUAACAUGAGCACCAGUUCCUACAAUGAUAACACUGAGGUACCUCGUAAAUCACGAAAACGAAAUCCAAAGCAGAGGCCGGGGGUCAAACGACGAGAUUGUGAAGAAUCUAAUAUGGAUAUAUUUGAUGCCGACAGUGCCAAAGCACCUCACUAUGUGCUUUCUCAGCUUACCACGGACAACAAAGGCAACUCAAAAGCUGGAAAUGGAACAUUGGACAACCAAAAGGGAGCUGGCGUAAAGAAGAGCCCUAUGUUGUGUGGACAGUAUCCUGUUAAAAGUGAGGGGAAGGAGCUGAAGAUAGUUGUACAGCCUGAAACCCAGCACCGAGCUCGGUACCUGACAGAGGGCAGCCGAGGCUCAGUAAAAGAUAGAACACAGCAAGGCUUUCCAACGGUGAAGCUGGAAGGUCAUAAUGAACCGGUAGUGUUGCAGGUGUUUGUGGGCAAUGAUUCUGGUCGAGUGAAGCCACACGGAUUUUACCAAGCCUGUAGGGUAACUGGGCGAAAUACCACCCCCUGCAAAGAAGUGGACAUUGAAGGGACCACUGUUAUAGAAGUCGGCCUCGAUCCUAGCAACAACAUGACACUGGCCGUGGACUGCGUAGGAAUAUUGAAGCUGAGGAAUGCCGAUGUUGAAGCCAGAAUAGGAAUUGCUGGUUCCAAGAAAAAGAGCACUCGAGCCAGAUUGGUUUUUCGAGUCAAUAUCACAAGGAAAGACGGCUCCACUCUGACAUUGCAGACACCCUCUUCCCCUAUUUUGUGUACUCAGCCAGCAGGAGUUCCUGAGAUCUUAAAGAAAAGUUUGCAUAGCUGUUCAGUGAAAGGAGAGGAAGAAGUGUUUUUAAUUGGGAAGAACUUUCUGAAAGGAACUAAAGUUAUUUUCCAGGAAAAUGUUUCUGAUGAACACUCUUGGAAAUCAGAAGCUGAGAUAGACAUGGAAUUGUUCCAUCAGAACCAUCUUAUUGUGAAGGUUCCCCCGUAUCAUGACCAACAUAUAACUUUGCCUGUAUCAGUGGGAAUAUAUGUUGUGACCAAUGCUGGAAGAUCUCAUGAUGUUCAGCCGUUUACAUACACUCCAGACCCAGCAGCAGUUGGAGCUUUGAAUGUCAGUGUGAAAAAGGAGACGUCUAGUCCAGCAAGGCCUUGCUCUUUUGAAGAAGCCAUGAAAGCAAUGAAAACGUCUGGAUGUAACUUAGAUAAGGUGAACAUUCUUCCUAAUGCCCUGAUCACUCCACUCAUAUCAAGCAGUAUGAUUAAGACUGAAGAUGUCACUCCAAUGGAAGUUACAGCAGAGAAAAGAUCUUCCCCUAUUUUUCAGACUACAAAGACAGUUGGAUCGACUCAGCAAACUUUAGAGACUAUUUCUAACAUAACAGGAAAUUCAUCUUUUUCAUCACCAUCAUCUUCCCACUUACCUUCUGAAAAUGAAAAUCAGCAGCAGCUUCAGCCCAAGGCAUAUAACCCAGAGGCCCUGACAACUAUCCAAACACAGGACAUCUCGCAGCCUGGGACUUUUCCAGCAGUUUCUGCUUCUAGUCAGCUGCCCAGCAGUGAUGCAUUACUGCAGCAGGCUACACAGUUUCAGACAAGAGAAUCUCAGGCGAGAGACACAUUGCAGUCAGAUGGCACAGUGGUUAAUUUGUCACAGUUGACUGAGGCAUCACAACAGCAGCAGCCGUCCCCGCUUCAAGAACAAGCACAGACAUUACAGCAGCAGAUCUCAUCAAAUAUUUUCCCACCGCCAAGUAGUGUGAGCCAGCUCCAGAGUACUAUUCAGCAUCUGCAAGCAGGAAGUUUUGCAGGUGGCACCGCUGGUGGCAGCAGUGGAAGUGUUGACUUGGUCCAGCAGGUUCUAGAGGCUCAACAACAGUUAUCUUCUGUUCUGUUUUCUGCUCCAGAUGGUAAUGAGAAUGUUCAGGAACAACUUAAUGCAGACAUUUUCCAAGUCAGUCAAAUUCAAAGUAGUGUAAGCCCUGGAAUGUUCGCCUCAACAGAGCCUGCAGUUCAUACCAGACCAGAUAACUUACUACCUGGGAGGGCUGACAAUGUCCAUCAACAGACUGAAAACACACUGUCUAAUCAGCAACAGCAGCAGCAACAACAACAACAGCAACAGCAAGUGAUGGAAUCAUCAGCUGCAAUGGUGAUGGAGAUGCAGCAGAGCAUUUGCCAAGCAGCUGCCCAGAUUCAGUCAGAACUAUUUCCUUCAGCUGCUUCAGCAAAUGGAAGCCUUCAGCAGUCUCCAGUUUACCAGCAGCCUUCUCACAUGAUGAGUGCACUGCCUACCAGUGAGGACAUGCAAAUGCAGUGUGAGUUGUUCUCUUCUCCUCCCGCAGUUUCUGGAAAUGAAACGUCAACAACCACCACACCACAGGUUACAACCCCUGGCUCUACUAUGUUUCAGGCACCAAGUUCAGGAGAUGGAGAAGAAACGGGAACACAGGCAAAACAAAUUCAGAACAGUGUCUUUCAGACCAUGGUUCAAAUGCAACACAGUGGAGACAGCCAGCCUCAAGUAAAUCUCUUCUCAUCUACAAAAAAUAUAAUGAGUGUUCAGAAUAGUGGUACCCAGCAACAAGGGAAUAGCUUGUUCCAGCAAGGGAAUGAGAUGAUGUCACUUCAGUCUGGGAACUUUUUGCAGCAGUCUUCUCAUUCACAGGCUCAACUGUUUCAUCCUCAAAAUCCUAUUACUGAUGCUCAGAACCUUUCCCAGGAAACUCAAGGUUCAAUUUUUCACAGUCCAAAUCCUAUUGUCCACAGUCAGACUUCUACAGCGUCCUCUGAGCAAUUGCAGCCUCCAAUGUUUCACUCUCAGAAUACCAUUGCUGUAUUACAAGGCUCUUCAGUUCCUCAAGAUCAGCAGUCACCCAACAUAUUUCUUUCCCAAAGUUCUAUGAAUAAUCUUCAAACGAACACAGUAGGCCAAGAAGAACAGAUUUCAUUUUUUGCAGCACAGAACUCAAUUUCUCCUCUUCAGUCAACAUCAAACCCUGAACAGCAAGCUGCUUUUCAACAGCAGCCUCCAAUCUCACACAUCCCAACCCCUAUUCUUUCCCAGGAACAGGCACAAUCCACUCAGCAAGGUUUAUUUCAGCCUCAGGUGGCCCUUGGCUCCCUUCCAUCUAAUCCAAUGCCUCAAAGCCAGCAAGGAGCAAUUUUCCAAACACAGCACUCAAUAGUUGGCAUGCAGAGCAACUCUCCAUCCCAAGAACAGCAGCAACAGCAGCAGCAGCAACAGCAGCAACAACAGCAGCAGCAGCAACAGCAGCAACAGCAGCAACAGCAGCAGCAGCAGAACAUUUUAUUCAGUAAUCAGAAUGCCAUGGCUACAAUGGCAUCUCAGAAGCAGCCACCACCAAACAUGAUAUUUAGCCCAAGCCAAAACCCAAUGACUAGUCAGGAGCAGCAGAACCAGUCAAUUUUUCACCAACAAAGUAAUAUGGCCCCAAUGAACCAAGAGCAGCAGCCCAUGCAAUUUCAGAAUCAGCCUACGGUUUCCUCACUUCAGAACCCAGGUCCUACGCAGUCUGAGUCACCACAGACCUCCUUGUUCCAUAGUUCUCCUCAGAUCCAGUUGGUACAAGGGUCAUCUAGUUCUCAAGAGCAGCAAGUAACACUCUUCCUCUCUCCAGCAUCCAUGUCUGCACUGCAAACCAGUAUAAACCAACAAGACAUGCAACAGUCUCCUCUUUAUUCUCCUCAGAACAACAUGCCUGGAAUUCAAGGAGCCACUUCUUCAGCCCAGUCCCAGGCUACUUUAUUUCACAACACUACAGGAGGCACAAUGAACCAACUACAAAAUUCUCCUGGCUCAUCUCAGCAGACUUCAGGAAUGUUCUUAUUUGGCAUUCAAAAUAAUUGUAGUCAGCUUUUAACAUCUGGACCAGGUACCUUACCAGAUCAGCUGAUGGCUAUAAAUCAGCCAGGCCAGGCACAAAGUGAGGGCCAGGCUUCUGUGACAACACUUCUUUCUCAGCAAAUGCCAGAGACUUCCCCACUGGCCUCGUCUGUGAGCAGCAGUCAGAGCAUGGAGAAGAUCGAUUUGCUGGUCUCAUUGCAAAGCCAAGGGAACAAUUUAACUGGCUCAUUUUAAUGAGAUGCAAAUUCCAUGAAGAAAGAAAUGAUUCCAAGAUGUCCUGAGAAUUUGUGGUUCCGUGAAGAUUAUUGAACUAUUAUGGAGAGCUACAUUUGAGUAAAUGGGUAGAUUUCCUGGCUGUAAGAAUACACCCAUACUGCCUGUUGCAGUAAUUCGCUACCAAUGUGCUUUUUGUUUCUAGUAACAGUGAUAACUGAGAAUCUGUUGGAUUUUCCAGUUGUGACAGAAAUGUUUUUGUCCUAGGUUUUAAAGUGCAAGGCUGGGCCUCUCAGUUAUUAUUGCUAUUAGAAAAUCACAUUUGUCAUGUUUACUUACAUUCUUUUUUUUUCCCCUGCAUUAUUUUAGUCAAGUAAUGGCUUAGGACAAAGUAAAGUUUAGUAAUGAGUAAGUCUGUGAUUUUGUUGAUGUAAAAAACACAUGGAUGUUGGCCAAAGUGAAGGAGUUUCUUUCAGUUUUCAUGGAGAAGCUGAAGGGGAUAACUUACAAAAAUGCUGUAUUAAGAACUCAUCACACACAUUCAGAUGACAUGCUUUUAAAACUGGAUACAGCUGGAAUGUUACUGAAUUUAUUUUUCAGAGAGUUGUUAGUUCUCUGUAUUUUCUACUUAGGGAUUUAGCCAUAACUGCAUAAAAUUAUUUUGUUCUAUGAAUGAAGGGGAUAAUACAUGACAUUAUGAUCUCAUAUUCUCCUUCAGUAGUUUAAACUGACAGAGUAAUUUGAGUCUGUUUUCUUCUAAUCCAGCGUUAGGCUAGUGCUCCCAUUUUAUAUGCAUCUGUAUUGUUUUCCUGUUUAGUUUUAGACAGCUAUUAAUAUACUACGGCUUUAUGACCCUGUAGUAAUUUAGAGAAGGCAGCCACAUUGAUCCAGUGACCUGGCAGUCUGCAGCACGGGGCCAGGAAUACUCUUAGGAAUUAUUGGGAGUUGAUUCCUGAGAAAAAACAAUUCUCUCUCUUUUUUUUUCUUCCAUGAACGGUGCUGUUCUGAAGUCUUCAAAUUUUCCCCUCUAAUGAAAAACAGCAUAAAUUUUUACUUUACAAACAAGGCAAACAAAAAUUUCUCAAACUAUUACUUCUCCCUGAGCUGCAGUGACUAUAAUUCACGUGUCACCUCAGUGCUUUACAGUUGAAGUGGUCACUUAAUUGAUGUAAAGCCUUGGGCUUUACAGGGUCAUAUCACUGAUUUAAAAGGAAGAAUUAACUUGUGUUACAUCUACAGAGAGCAAAAUUACACACUCCAGAACUCACAUUUGUAGCAUUAGUUGUAGAGUUUGGGUGUUCUUGCUGCCCGUGGGGUGCCUGCUCCUCACCACCACCUACAUCUGGACACAUGCUUAUGUCCCAUUUAUCUUUGGCAUGUGGAAAGAGUCAAUGCAGCAUAAGGCCAACGUGUGUGGCUUCUGUGUGCUGAUGUGUUUUGGCGUCCUGUUUGUUUCUUUUACUUUCUAAGUUAAAAUAGCCAGUUUGUAGUUUUCCUUUCAUCUUAUCUCCACACAUUUGUUGAGCUGUGUGGAGCUGUCUUUGGUUUUGUUUAUAUAGCCAGAUUCCCUCUUUUGUGAUCUUCUUUUGUUCUUUGACUGUUGUUCUUGUCAUUUGUUUUUUCUCUUUGUCCUUGUUUUUCUGCCCUAGCCCUUCUUUCUCUCUCUGAGAGGCAUUGGAUUACGUUUUCAGUAGUACAGGCUUCUUGCCGAUAUGAAGGGAACUUUCUAGAAAGAGACCUACUCUGGUCAUUUAAUUUUGAAAACAGUUUUCAAUCGUUCAAGUUUUGGAUGGUUUAUAUCUAAUGUGUGUUUCAUUUUUUUGGAAAGCUAUAUUUUAUAUUUAGGAAAUGGUAUACUAUUUUGCUAUUUGUACUGAGUGAGUACAUUGGCAUAAAUAUAGAAAUUUAUAUAUAUAUAUAUAUAUAUACAUAUAUAAACUAUUCUUUUUUGCCACACAUUUUUGUGGUAAAUUUGUGAGUUUGUCUGAUGUUCUACCACAACGUGGCGUCUGAUAACAGUGAGGGGUUUGUUAUGUCUUUAAGUACCUUUUGAAACAAAUGGCCUAUUUAUCUGUAGCCAUUCCACCAGGCAGUUCCUUGAUGUUACUAGUGAGCGAAAGGCAACUACUGUAUGUUUGCGGAUCUUCACUCAGCAAGGUGUUAAAGAGCAAGGAAACUCAUUGAGGCAGUGUGUCAAAUGGUGUUUGACGAGAAUGAGCCACUCUGUCUUUGUUCACUAUAUAUUUAAUAUUUUAUUAUUGUUGUUCUUAUUAAUUGGCUUUCUGUAUCCUAUGCCUUUUAUUUAUAAAGACACUAAAAAUACCAUGUUUGUAAUUUUAAUAACAUUUUCCAUCUUUUAAUAGCCAGAACUACUUUAUAGAUUCUCUAAACCAAAAGUAUUUUCCUCAGUAUCUCCCUUCUCCCCCAUGCCCUACAGGGAAAAAUCUCCCAACAUGGUUCAGAUUCUGAAAAGGGUCAGCCACACAGUUCAGUGCUUCAGCUUUAAAACGCGCAGUGGGCACUAGUGUGCUAACUGGAACAUCAGAGGAAGCAGACCUGUGAGGCUGCUUAGGAAAGACGGAAGUCAGAGUUAAAACCACAUUGACUUCUGAGUUUUCUGGAUUACUUUCUGAGAUCAUGUAGGAGACUCAGGAAAUCUGUUUAUUCCAAGGUGAAGGAAUGUUUGUUGCGGCUGCACCAUGGAUGAAGUGGCAGCAAUAGGUCUGGCUUGUGUGGUGACUUCUGUUUGUUCUGUACUAGAAGCUUAUCCUUAAUACAGUGCUGAUUGGCAAUGCCGAGUCACUGGGACCAAUUUCUGUCUUAUACUGUCAGAGUGUAGAACAGAACAUCACCUGAACUGUAGUAGUUUGAGUGGAUGGAGGCAGAAACCCCUAUUUUUAGUCUCUUCACUUCUGUGGUUAUUUAUACAAGGGCUGUGCUGUGCUACCAUAUUCCUGUUCAAUAAUGAUGGAGGUUUAUUUGUUUUCUUACAUUGUUAAAUGUUCCUUGCCCCUGAAGGUGUGUGUUAAGUACAAUGUUCUGAAUAUAUGAUUUGGUUACAAAAAGUAUGUGUCUUCUUAUUGAAGAGUUAGCUCAGUGGUUGAUACUUAUGCUAAGAAUUCAGUUUCUCAGUUCCUGUUACUUAUAGCUACCUGUGGGAAGACUCAGUGAGCCAGCAAAGACCUUGGGAAUCAGGAUAUAUUAAAUUUUUAUCUGGCAGAAGGACCUAAAUAAACUGUGAACUACAUUUUAUUCCUUUGUUACAUUCAGUUCUUGCUUUCAGCAACUCACAGAAAUGCUUGGAGCUUAUCUUCCCCUGCAUGCUUUUGUGUCCUUGUUAUUCCUUAUUGUUAUUCCACACCAGCGAAAAAGACAAUUAGAUAUUUUUUUUGUUUGUUGUUUUCAAGGCAGUGUUUUUCUCUGUGUAGCCCUGGAACUCACUCUAUAGACCAGGCUGACCUCGAACUACAGAGAUCUGCCUGCCUCUGCCUCCUGAGUGCUGGGAUUAAAUGUGCACUACCACUGCUCGACUUAGAUAAUUAGUUCCUAAGAUUUGCUGUGGGCUUUUCUGAUUCUAACAUGUUAAUCUGUUAUUUAGCCAAUGUAGGUCUGUCUAUCCCAUCUCCUUAGAACACAUGUUUAAAGAGCUUUGUUUAUUAUAGAAGCUGUAUUAAUGAGAGGCCUCUUUCCCUCUCUGCCAUUUUCCCAUCCUUCCUUGCCCCAACCUCCUUAUAAUAUUGUGAAUUAUAGUUUAGAAUUUCAUUAUUGUGGAUUUAUUGUCUACCAGAAUUUUGGCUAAUCUACCCAGAAAAGGAAAAAAAAAAAAAAACAGAAGGAAGAAAUUGUGCAUAUGUCCCUUCAGAAUGAAAAUAAUUUCUUUCGACCUUUUUGAAAGUUUGUUCUUGAUUUUUCAAUGAGGUUGCACUGUGCUGCCCAAGUACUGAGCCUGGAGGUAUGAAACACUUACCUGGGCCCCUUUGGCCUUUUUAAGCCAUUGUAAAUGUUUGUUUGGGGAAAAUGGAAUCUGUCAGCAAAUAAGAACCACAAUAAAAUGACCGAUUACUUCUUAAAUUCAGCAUAGUUGUACAUAUUCUCAGGAGCUAGCUGAGAAUUUUUCUAGUAAAUUUUUUUAUCCCUGUGUCCCGAUUUUCAGCUGGUUGAAACUAGUUAAAAGUUAUGGGGAGACCGUGUCGUUUUACUCUGUGUCACAGUGCAGCUCCAUCUCUAAGGAGAUGUGUCUGCGUGCUUUUGGGUAUGUGAAGGGGCUCAAUGAAAAAGAAAAACUGUGAGUCAGCAGAUGUAUUAGAGAAGUAGCUCAGACCUGGGGGUGUGGCUCAGGGAUAGAGAGUCUGCAUACCAUGUGCAGGGGCCUGAAUUUGAUGCCCAGCACCACUGAAAGGGAGAGGAGCAGAACGUGGGUGUACACACUAGCAGGAGGACUCAUCCAUCACAUAUUGGGAGCUUUCCCCCUCUGCCUACCUUUGUCAUUCAUGCUUAGCGGUGACGGUGGCAUUCAUUAUGCAGGAGACCUACUCUAUAGUAUCGUUGGUCAAUUGUCCCAGCGCCCUAAUUACUUUUUAGCUCUGUUUUCAUGCCAUCCUAAGCCUUGUAUAUUAAUAAAAUUCUGUUUUUAUUGCUCUUGCUCUUUCAGACAAUUUUUACAUUAGUAUUUUAUAUAUAGAUUAAAUGUUUAUGGAAAAGUGCCUUUUUACCAUGCCAGUGCACCCUUCCUAUAAUCCUACCUUCCACUGUUGCCAAGAAUAUACGAAUAACUGAUUUCAACAAGUCCCAAUGCUGUUGUGGCUUACAUGAAUUAACUCCAAUUUUCUCAUCCCAGAAAAUUAGUAUCUGGGUCUUACCUGAACAAUAAUGAAAAUUUGUGUGUGUGUGUGUGUGUGUGUGUGUGAGAGAGAGAGAGAGAGAGAGAGAGAGAGAGAGAGAGAAAGACAGAGAGCGGGAGAGAGAGAGAGAUUCCAUGCACACAAAUGUGUGCAUUAAAUAUUAUGAAGGCACUACUUAUAGCAUCUUCUCUGGUCCUAAUUAACGGCCUGAAGAGUGGUCACUAAAACAUAGGUUUUGUAAGGCCUGGGAAUAAUGUUGAUUUUUUUUUCCUCUCUAAUUAAACAUGGCAAAGUAGUUUAUUAUAUUUCUUUUCUAUCAGGGCUCUAGUUAAUUGACCUUGGAAAACUUAGUGUCAGGAAAAAUUGAAGAAGUCAUUGAGUACUGGGAGAGCUAAGGUAAUUUCUUUAGUGUCAGAUACAGUUGAAUUAAAUGUCCUGGUUUUUGUCCAUUCUGUUUCUGAUCUAGCACCUUACCAAGUGAUGGCACUUUAAGAAAGGGCCAUCAGCCACAAAUUAAGGACAGCCAUAACCUAGGCUUUGGAAUGUGUUCUUGUGAUUGUUGGUGGACUGAAGACCGAAGAUGGCAAACUUUUAUGCAAUAUUCUUAAUACCCUAUUGUGCACUUUAACCAUUCCAAAAACAGCCAAGAAUACACCUUAACUGUUCAGAGCACUGCAUCCGUUCUUAUUUUAAAUAGCUGGCUUGCUGUGUUAGAUGACGGCUUUUGAAAGUAACCUGGAGCAAGUGCGGAAUGGCUGUUUUCUAAAGGACGUUUAAGACUUUGACAGGUAGUGCAGGGAAAUGAUUCCACUCUAACAAACCAUAGUAAACCUUUGACUAGCUGUUGAGUAUGUCGAGAGCUACUUAGAGCCAUUCCCCUUCCUGUGUAUCUUAUGUCCUUUCUAUAAGAAUGCUGUAAUGUAUAGUUUCUAUCUGUGUGGUGUAUGUAAAUCAGUAUGGCCCUCCAUCCAGCAGCUAGCAUCAGUGAGCAGGAAGCCAGCUAGAGGCGCAUAUUCUUGGGCAGUAGCCCAGUCUUGCUGAGUUAGAUCUGAAAUGGGGCCCAGCAGUCUGUCUGACCCAAGUCCUCAGUUGAGUCUGAUGCACCUGAGCUUCAGAGCCUAGCAACAGUGAGAUUCUUUCUUCCUUAUGUAUAUUCCGCCUCACCUGGUAUUCUGUGAUCAUUUAUCAGCAAUGGUAAUUUAUUCUUAGUACUGCCUAAGAAAAUGCAUAUGUUUUAUGUAUGUAUAGUGUAGUUACUGAUAAUUCAUUUAACUUGGUUUGGCAUUUUUCUACCACUGACCAAAAAGUUUACAUUAACUGAUUUCAAAAUAUAGGUGCAAUGGUCUGUAUUUCUUUAGUUGUUGUGACAUUUACUUAGCUAAAAUAACUGAUGGGUGCUACAGUCUCCUGUUUAUGCAUAAAAUGGGUACGUUGUGGGCAGGGUAAUAUAAGCUCUCUCUUCAUUGCCACUUACUUUAUCAGCAGACCAUGGUUCUGCUUUGGCUAGGCUAGCUCUCAGAACAGAAUCACCAUUCCAUAUCAUUUGUCUUGUAUCUGAGAUAGUAAAUCAGAUGGCUGGCCAGGCCAACAUAGCACCUUGUUUAAUUUCUUUUAUGAGUUGAUGAAGAUUCCUUUCAAGUAGCUUAUUUGACAUUUGAAUACUGCAGUAGAGUAAUGGUUCUCUUUGGUACUCAUGCUUCAGGUGAAGUACUUCACAGAAUGCUAAGAUAGUGCAUUUUAUAACUUGGGUGUUUCUUCCAUCUCAGUUGUGUGCAUUCUACAAAUAAACAGGCUUAUUCAUAUUUUUCCUUUGUAAUUCAGCACUUCAAUCAUUAAUCUUCCUUCCAUUGUUUACAAGUCACCGGUGAGUUAGCACAUGAAGAAGGAUUGAUUCCCUUUUCAGAAUAAACUAAUGAAUACUUGCUUUCUGAGGGUCACUGCUCUCUGUCCUACACAGCAGUGCUAAGUGGCUUCCUCUACAAACUGGUGCUGGACAGUAAGUAGGCAAACUGCUGAGAUGUUCUAGAGACGCCUCCCUUCCCCUCCUGAUUAUGUCAUUUGUUGCUGGACCCAGAGCAUUCUACACAAUCUAUUCAGCCCCCGUUUAUAAUACCUCCUUAAAAAUCCUGCAUUCAACCAUGUCACCCUACCUGCUCUUUCACACUGAUCUCCCCCACCAGAGCCCAUCCCAGGAGAAAUACAUAUGAUUUGUAGGGGUGGCCUGUUAGCUGCCAUUUUAGCUAAUGAGCCUCAGGACAGCUUACACUCACACAUAAUCCCAGAUGCUUGAGAGUGGAUUUAGAAUCAAACUUCUGUGACCAAUAAAAGCCUGUCCUGGCUGGAGUUAGAGCUAGGUAGUUAUAACCUAAGGUGGAUGCAAUCCCUAGUGCAAAAAGAGAGAGAUACUAGAGAAAGAAAAAGGAGCUGUCCUGUACAGAAGUGAUCAUGAUUUUACUCAGUAGAGACCUUCUGCAGUGCAAUUGAACUAACUCCUGUCUAUCAACUGUACCUGCUCAUCUUGUUCUUUUCAAGGAUAAGCUCCAAGUGCUUGCUGCUUUCCUGGCAACUUGACUGAGUUUCACGCUCUUCUUUUUACUUCAUGUUUUAAUGAGUAACUUGGAAUAUUUUAUUAACUUGUUCUCGAGUGAUUUAGCUGUCAUUCUGCCAUUUUGAGUUUAAUUUUAUCUGCUUGAGCACACUGAUCAACCACUGACCUGCCUUCUUGCAUUGUCCUGCAAUGAUGUAAGAGUGACAUUUGUGUAAUGGCUUCAUAGUUGGAAUUUCAGAGCACUGACACCAGAUAUUCUCAGUUUGUUCUCUGGGGGAAUUUCAUUUGCAUCUAUGUUUUUAGCUAUCUGUGAUAACUUGUUAAAUAUUAAAAAGAUAUUUUGCUUCUAUUGGAACAUUUGUAUACUCGCAAUUAUAUUUCUGUAAACAGCUUCAGUCAAAAAUAAAACAUUGAAAGUUUUCA